GUUCUAUAUAUUUUAUUUAUAUAUAUAUAAAGAAAUGUCCAGAUAUAGUAAUACAGAAGAAAAAGCACCACUUGAGCCUCCUCCACCUUAUACACCUGAAGACGAAACUUCCGAAUUUAUUCCCUCCUCUAAUAAUAAUAGGUCAACUCAACAACAACAAGCAGACACAGUUUACGAACAGUCAGGGUUACCGGAUCAAUUACAUUCAUCUAACAUUGACCGUGUUAGUCAAAGUAAAAUUGGAGGUAUAAUUGGGCUAACUGCUAAUCUAAUACAACCAUUUAAAGCAAAUCCACAGCCAUCUGCUAUAGCUACUGGCUUAGUUGGUGGAAUUAUUAAUCAUUAUGUGGAAAGAAAAGAGAAUAUCCGAAGCAGAAAAAAUUUAAAAAGAGAACAACGCCAGGAACGCAGAAAAUUACGUAGAGAACAAAGAGGUCUAAGAAAAUAUGAUGGAUCUGGUGAAUCAAUUAGUAAUUCCUCUCCUUCCUCUCCUUCCUCUCCUUCCUCUUCUUCUUCUUCUUCUUCUUUUAGUAACUUAUCAGCUUAUCAAAUGACUGAUGAAAAUAAAUCAUCACGAUCAACAGAGAACAAUAAUGUUUUGUGUAAGAAGCAAUCAAAUAGCCCUCUUAUUUAUGAACAUAGUUGGUCUGGUCAUAAAUGCGAGCUUCAAACUUCAAAUGGUCAUAUAGAGGUGCAGGGUUCAUUAAUAGCUAAGGAGUUGAUCGAUCUUAAUGCCUCUAAUGGCCAUAUCACAGUUGAUGGUGAGCUUCAUUCAUCUGAGAUUCAUGUUAACACAAGUAAUGGUUGUUUUCGAGUCAAUGGUACAUCAUUAAUUGCUCAAGAUAAACUUAUGAUUAAAAUUAGCAAUGCACCUUUAACCUUUGACAAUACACUCAUUCAAUCGAAACGAAUUGAAUUAACAACAAAGAAUGGGCCUGUAUUUUUACGCCACGUCAAAGUUAAGGAUAUGUUAUCGGUUAUCACAUCUAACGCCUCUGUAAAUGUUUAUUUGGAUGAAAUGGGUGAUCAUGCUAAAAUUUUUAUUGAAACAUCAAAUGCCCCUAUUGCUGUGCACUUACCAAAGACAUUUUCUGGAUAUUUUGAACUAAAGUCUAAUUCUUCAGGUUCUGCCUCUGUUAUUACAAGUCAAAGUGACGGUAUGUUGACAUUAAACAAGGACAAACACUGUAAGAAAUCAGGCACAUAUAAUAGACAUGGCGUCAAAACUGAUAUUGAAGUUUAUAUUGAAACAACAAAUGCUUCUGCAGUUUUAUACAUUUAAACAAACGAAAAAAGAAAAAAAAAAAGGAGUAAAGUGUUACUUCACCUCUCCCCUCCCCCUUAUUUAUUUUUCAUUUAUUCAUUCCUGUUAUUAUUAUUGUUAUUUUCUCUCUUUCUUUUUCUUCAUUAUGUCUAACAAUUCAAAAUCGUAUUAUAAUCAACC